AAGGAAGGAGGAGAGAGAGGGAGGAGAGAAACACGGUCAAAUUGAGCUUUAUCUCUCGCGGUUGGUCACUUAAUAAGAGCCAUUUGGAGCCAGAGGAGCCCGAGCAUUAAGAUAAGAGCAGCAGCAGCAGCAGCAACAGCAGCAGCAACAUUGCUUCACACAGGGAGGAACUACACACACACACACACACACACAGAAAGAGAGACACGGAAGAGAGGCAGAGAGAGAGAGAGAGAGAGAGAGACGCCCGGUCACAGAGACACAGUGUAACUUCUUCACUGUGUUGGAGAUUUAAACCCGGUUAAAACGUCAAUAAAUAAAGAAGAGACGGAGGAGGGAAAAACGAGAGUCUGAAAUUAAAGAAGAAACGGAGUGAAAGACGUGAAGAAAGAGAAGAAAAAGAAGAAGAAGAAGAGACUCUGGUGCUGCUGAAGAUGCCGCGGGUAGUUCCGGACCAAAAAAGCAAGUUUGACAAUGAGGAGUUUUUCCGCAAGUUGAGCAGAGAGUGUGAGAUCAAAUACACCGGCUUCAGAGACCGACCCCAUGACGAGAGACAAACUCGCUUCCAGAACGCCUGCAGGGACGGACGGUCAGAAGUGGCCUUUGUAGCGACAGGUACCAACCUCUCGCUCCAGUUCUUCCCGGCCAACCUGCACGGAGAUCAGCGACAGGUUCCGACGCGGGAAUAUGUUGAUUUCGAGAGGGAAAUAGGAAAGGUCUAUUUAAAAGCUCCUAUGAUUCUGAAUGGCGUGUGUGUGAUCUGGAGAGGCUGGUUGGACCUGCACAGGCUGGACGGGAUGGGUUACCUGGAGUACGAUGCUGAGCGAGCGCAGCACGAGGACGCUCUGGCCCAGGCGGCGUUUGAAGAGGCUCGACGCAGAACCAGGGACUUUGAAGACAGAGAUCGAUCACACAGAGAGGACAUGGAGGACCCUGUGGUUUCUAAAAUCUGGGACUGAUGACACACAGACAGACCUCCAGCAGAAAGAACAGGUCCAGACGACAGCAGGACCCCAGCCCUGGCUCAAACAUGGCCAACGCUGAUGUAGAACAUAAGAUACGCUGACGAUGAACAUAUCAGUUAGGAGGAGGAGGAGGAGCGAGGGGGGGGG